AUGCGAAACGACCUGACCAACUUGGCAGACGAGUUGAAAAGAGUUAUCGCGAAUAGCAGUCUGAUGGAUUCCGAUUUGGACCGCGUGACUCGUGAAUUAAACGCGAAAAAUGCCGCGUAUGAACAACUAUUGAAAAAAACGGAAAACCUGGAAGACGAGUUGGUCAAUAUGAAAUAUUGUUUGAACAUGCGAGUUGAAGAAAACCGGACGUUGACCAAACAAAUCACCGAACACAAUCAAACGCUCGACGGCUAUAUCAAAUCGAAACAGCAGAUGGAAUUGAAGCUAAAUGAGAUUCAGCAGAAAUUAACCGAUAACGAAUCACGCAACAAACAACUGGUCACGGAUCACCAAGCGUUAAAAGCACGACACGCCGAACUGGAAAACGAUUUGAAACGCGAGAAAGCGCAGAGUUUAGAAAAAACCAACGAGAUUGCAGAUUUGGACAAAAAGUUAGUCCACUUGAACAACAUAAUAAACGGAUUGAGCAGUAGAAUUCAGUUAAACGAAGACGAAAUCGUGAAGCUCACCAAUGAAAAGAAAGCAAUGGAACAGAAAAUGGUUUGCAAUACAAGUGAAUUGGAAUCCACCAUAAAGAACUUAAAGUCCGAAAUAGCGUCGAACAAAUUAGAACUCACGCGGGCCAAAGACGAUCUGAACGCCGAGAAACAAUCGAACAUACAACACAAGCAACGCAUUGACGAAUUGCUAGGGAAAAUGAAAGAAUUAGAAAAACAGUUGAUGAGUCACAAAAACGAAAACGAAGUGUUGAAAAAGAAAAUAGCUCUGUCCGAAUUGGACCUGUCUGAGUCUAAAUCGUACGCUGAAUCGCUGAGCCGGAAGUUAUGCGACGCCAGUAACGAAAAUGAUAAAUGUAGACGGCAAAGUGUGUUACUGAGCGGCGAUGUUGAGUGCAGACAAAAAACGGAAGAAAAACUCAAGAAAGAAAACGAAGAACUGAAAAAAAAACUGAAAUUGCUGACAGGAGAAAACUGCAAAAAUAAAUGCGAAAUUGAUGAGUUAAACGAACUACUUAAGUGCGCUAAGAAAAAAGAGAUAUGCGUGCGGAAAGAUCUGAUCAAGGCAAACGACACGGCGGCACAGUUAGGCGAGAUAAUAAAAUGCAUGGAAGUCGAAAUGCGGUGUUAUAAAAAAGAACUGAACGCCAAGUCCGAAAAGCUAACAACGUGUACGGAAAAACAAAUGCAAGAAACCAAACCGCAAAAGUGUAUUGACAAACCAUUGAAAAUCAAAACUGAAAAAGAGUCAUGCGAUAUCAAAGACACCUGCACAGUUGCAGAGAAAAAUAUUGAUAAAAAAAGAAAUAUUCCCACUAACGACGACAAGAGGAACCUACAAGAAGCGACUAUGGGACAGGAGAAAACGGGAAACAAAAUUUUGCCUGAACAUUGUGACCGGGAUAUAUUGUUGAAAGAAAAUAACAGACUUGUCGGAGAAAACGUGAGGCUUUCGAAGACUGCCCUGGAGCUCACCACCGAAGUGGAACGCUUGUUAGAGAUCACAAAUAUUCAAAGGGACGCUGACAUGGCGGAAUGCAGGUUGAAGUCCGGGAACGACGUCGAAGUCAAAACUUCAUCCAUUGGCGUACAAACUACCAAUUGUUCGUUAAAUAGUGAUGAUGUGGAAACACAAGGCUGUGCAAAAACCAAAUGUGACCCAUGUACUAAAUGUCCUCCCGAAGAGUCAAACGCGUGUUCGUCGAUGGACACGCCUUCUUGUCAGAUCGACGAUUGCGGUGGCUGUCCACCUGAUCCUUGUUCCACGAUUAACAACGAUUGCGUGACCAAUUACUUGGAGAGACAAAAAUUACAGUGUCAAUUAGACGAAAUGAAAAAAAAAAUGUGCGAACAGGAAAAAUCAGCGCAGAAAGCGAUAUGCGACGGAGAACGCAGACACUUCCAAAUGGAAAUGGAACUAAAAGCGUCAUUCGAAAAGAAAGAGGCCUCGCUCAAUGCUCAGUUAGAGUCGUAUGAAACAAACUUGUUGUACGUGCAAAGGGACUUAAGAAAAUCUCAAGCUCGCGAAAAACAAAUGUGUGCAAAAAUAGAAGAGCUAAACGAGACGAUUAAAAAAAAAGAGGAGAUCAUCGAAUACGAACAAAACAAUUGCAUGAACAUAAUCGAUAGAUUGAACGAAUGUAAAAAACGAGUCGAAGAUAUGAAAGAAAACAAAGCGGCGAACGAUCAAAAAAUCGCUAUGUUAGAGGAACGUGUCGACUUUUACAUGAAAAGUUGCAACCACGAACGCAAAAAAGUAGAAUCAUUGGAAAAGAAUCUAGAUAAGACCCGCAAAGUGGUGAAAAGACAACAAAACGCUAUAGGUCAGGAUACCGAAAAAGGCGUAUGUCCUACGAUGAGAUCAAAAGGAGGUUGCAACGACACUAAUAAAAAACAGCCAAAACCUACAAAGGCUCCUAAGCGUCGUUUGGAUUUACCUUGUUGUGUUGGCGCAAAAACACCGUGUAACAGGCAAAAUAUGUGUAAGCCACAAGCCCCAGCAGUUCCGGCUUGUAAACAUCAAGUAGCGGCCCAGUGUUUACAAGGUCGGCUGGAAAUGAUGGAAGACCAACAGGAAGCCGGCGAGCAAAAAGACGGCGAAUGUCUGUGUUUGAAAAAUGCCGAUGCUUAUUUGGAGAACCGGUUUAAACACAAAACCAGCUUGAUCCGACUUUCGGAUCACAAGUACGAACAUCAUGUCGACAACUCCAGAGCGGACGAUCCAUACAAUGAACUGCCUUUCGAGUCGUACAGAGAGAGCGAUCCCGUGAGCCAAGAAGUACAGGACAACUCGGAAUUGUACGGCCAAAUGAAAACAUUUAAACGGAGAAGUGUUCUCGAAGAUAACGGAGAAAUCAUUAAGAAAGUUCCGACGGAAUUCAUUAGUUCGCUGCGCGAUGACUUGAGAAGUAAGGUCGACAAAAAUCCUUACUGUGGCCAGAUGGACUGUUGUAAAAACUAA